GCUCCAUUCAAAGCCCCCACACGCAGAUGACACCCGCCAGCGUCAUUUGGUGCAGGUUUCUCCCGGACAGUUACAAAAUGCCUGAGAUAGACAUCACCUCCUCGAACAAACGCAGGAGAGAGAGAGAGAGAGAGAGGGAUCUCGAUCGAACGUUGUCGGUCGAUUCGAUUACUCCUCGAUCUCUCUGCAUUUAUCGAUCGAUCGAUCUAUCUACCCGCCGGCGUAAGUUCAGGUGAAGAUGCCUCAGGGAAAGCUUGAAGUUCUUCUGGUUGGUGCUAAGGGUCUUAGAAACACCGAGUUCUUCGGGAAAAUGGACCCUUAUGCCAUUCUCACUUGCCGGACUCAACAGCGAAAAAGCAGUGUUGCAAGAGAGGUGGGAAGUCGACCCGAGUGGAAUGAGUACUUCAUAUUUACCAUCACUGAUGUUGCAUCUGAACUCGAUAUCAAAAUAAUGGAUAAGGAUACCUUUACUGCAGAUGAUUUUGUUGGACGAGCAACCAUACCUUUAAGGUCAGUGUUUGCUGAAGGAAGCAUCCCGCCGACUGCAUACAACCUUGUCAAUGAUGGAGAGUAUUGUGGAGAAAUUAAAAUUGGCCUAAAUUUUACUCCCAAGGCAAGCCAUGACCAGGGAUUUGACACCCUAGAGGAAAGCUAUGGUGGAUGGAAAGAAUCAGCAGAAGGAGGGAGCUGCGGUGGAUGGAAGGAAUCAGCACAAGAAGAGAGCUAUGGUGGAUGGAAAGAAUCAGCACACAUGUAUUGAUUGUGUGUUUUGCAGUGAAAUAUCCUUUUGAGGUUCAUGACGAGCUGGGGAGUUCAAUUUGGUUGUGCUACUGUUUUGUGAUGACCUUUACAUAUGCUUCAACUAUAGAAGUAUUCCGUUUCAGCACUUUUGGCCUCAGACUAACUCAGUCUUCCAAUUUUUUUUUUCUCUCAAAAGGUUAAGCUACAUGUACAUUGGGGAGCUUGUGCUUCUUGUUAUACCAUUGGACUUCCAUUCAUACCAGAACAUAAAAUAUAUAAUUAAGUUUGCUUGCCUUGAAAA